AUGAGGGGCAAGAUUCCACAGAAACAUCUGGCUGAGGAAGACACCCCUCUGCUGGGGGAGAAGCUCUUACCAUUAAUAUCUGAUCACAGAGAAAUGAAAGAAGAAAAAGCAUGGGGCCUCAGGCUACUCCCAUUCCUCCUCUUCUUCAUCUCCUUUGUGACAUAUUACUAUUCCUAUGCCAUACUUCAAAGCUCCGGCGGGACCAGUAAGUCUCUGAACACCAGCAAGUCUCUGUGUGGUGGUUUUCUAAUGCAGAAGAACUGGGAAAGUCUCAACUUCAACGUUAGCAGACACACAAACCUCUUUCUGAAAAUGGAGGACUACUUUUGGAGGGAGCACCUGCCAAAGCUGCCGCUACCCUAUGGCAUCAAAGGCAGUGAGUUGAUGCUACUCAAAGUUCUUGCUGUAACAGAUCACCAAAUGCCAGCCAACAUUGAGAACCUUGCGUGCCGAACCUGUGUGGUCGUCGGAAAUGGCUUUGUGGUUAAAAACAGCUCUUUGGGAAGCCUCAUCAAUAAAUAUGAUGUUGUCAUCAGGUUAAAUGAUGCCCCAGUGAGAGGCUACGAGGACGACGUGGGGAACAAGACCACCAUGAGGUUCUUCUACCCAGAGUCGGCCUACUAUAACCCUGAGGUGCAGAACAAUCCGGACACGCUCCUGGUUCUGGUACCUUUCAAAAUGCAGGAUCUCCGCUGGCUCAAGGAGAUUCUCUACAACGAGAAGCGGGUCAGGAAAGGCUUUUGGAAGCCUCCACCCCAAAUCUGGUUGGGUGACCCCAGCAAGAUCAGAGUGUUGGAUCCACACUUUUUCCGCCAGACUGCAGAAAAACUUCUCCAUAUUUCUCGACAAAAGGGGAAGACUCCGGUGCAUCCUACCACGGGGCUCCUUGCUGUUGUUGUUGCUCUCAACUACUGCGACAUAGUUCACAUAGCUGGAUUUGGAUACCCCAGUUCAAAGAAAUCACAGAAUCCCAUCCACUACUACGGACAUGCCACGAUGAAAUCCAUGAUGAAUUCUCACCAUGAUGUCAAUCAUGAAGCCAAAGCCUUAAAAAAGCUGGAGGACUCGGGAGCCAUUUUGUACCUGCACCCACACCUAUGAUGCUCCCCUUCAACGCCUCCAUGUUGAAAAGUAAAAUAAAUAAAGACUGGGUUUUCUGACUGGAACAUGCCAUGAAGGUGCCUUCUGCCUUGGGUUUCAAGACCGGCACACUGUUGAGAGCAAAGUUAAAGUGUGAAAUGAUUAAACUGCUACAACACCUUUUUUACCCUGGCACUUUUAGCUCAACAUUUAGCCUCCCCCCCCCCCC